CCAUAUAGUUUACGGACAACAAGCAAAUACAUCUUGGCAAUAAACAAAAAUUUCUUGACACACAUUUGUUGUAGACAAAAAUUAUUCCGAAAAAAUAAUAACCAUAUAAAGACCAUGUUAUCGUUUGUCUUCUGGAGAAACGAGUCUAAGAGGAACCCGCGAGAGAAUGUCUCGCAAAUCUGGAAGGAUUUGAAUGCAACAUUUGUGACUUUUCUCGGCUGGAGCUGGCUGAUUUACACCAUUGCCGUUAUUGUCAUCUCUAUUUGCGGCUACUUCGCCUACUGCGAAAGCUGCCGAAGAACUGAGAUUGUUCGACGCAGACGCGUCAUUCAACGCGCACAGGAGCGACCACCUCAGAAACGACGUCCAAAUGCUGCGUAUCGCGACCAUCAGAUCUAUCGACACAUCAUCCUCAGUGUGGCCAAGUAUAUGAAAAAUCCGGAGGGCGUGCGGCCCUUUAUCGACCACAUGGACCAUUUAUAUCCGCUGCGACACUCGCAGGCUGAGAUGCAGCUGAACAUCGGUCACACUGGCAUUGAGGCAAAUGAUUCUGCAGUGGAUUGAGCAAAGGAAAUGUUGUCACCUGCUACUAUUUUGACUAUAUUUUACCUUCCUUUUCGUUCAAAUUAUCGAACUACCCAUGCGAUCCAUACUUUACACUGUAAAUUUUGAUAACCGCCCUCGCCCUUUUACGCCAACCAUCAUACUGUCUAAACGAAUACAAAAUUAAAG